AUGAAAGGACAUCAAUUCAAAUCCUGGAUUUUCGAAUUUAGAGAGAUCAAGAAUUCUCACUAUUUCUUAGAUUCAUGGACCCAAUUCAAUUCAGUGGGAUCUUUCAUUCACAUUUUUUUCCAUCAAGAACGUUUUAUAAAACUCUUGGACUCCCGAAUUUGGAGUAUCUUACUUUCACGCAAUUCACAGGGUUCAACAAGCAAUCGAUAUUUCACGAUCAAGGGUGUAGUACUAUUUGUAGUAGUGGUCCUUAUAUAUCGUAUUAACAAUCGAAAGAUGGUCGAAAGAAAAAAUAUCUAUUUGACAGGACUUCUUCCUAUACCUAUGAAUUUCAUUGGACCCAGAAAUGAUACAUUGGAAGACUCUUUUGGCUCUUCCAAUAUCAAUAGGUUGAUUGUUUCGCUCCUGUAUCUUCCAAAAGGAAAAAAGAUCUCUGAGAGCCUUUUCCUGGAUCCGAAAGAGAGUACUUGGGCUCUCCCAAUAACUAAAAAGUGUAUCAUGCCUGAAUCUAACUGGGGUUCGCGGUGGUGGAGGAACUGGAUCGGAAAAAAGAGGGAUUCCAGUUGUAAGAUAUCUAAUAAUGAAACCGUCGCUGGAAUUGAGAUCUCAUUCAAAGAGAAAGAUAUCAAAUAUCUGGAGUUUCUUUUUGUAUAUUAUAUUGAUGAUCCGAUCCGCAAGGCCCAUGAUUGGGAAUUGUUUGAUCGUCUUUCUCCGAGGAAGAGGCGAAACAGAAUCAACUUGAAUUCGGGACAGCUAUUCGAAAUCUUAGUGAAAGACUGGAUUGGUUAUCUCAUCUUUGCUUUUCGUGAAAAAAUACCAAUUGAAGUGGAGGGUUUCUUCAAACAACAAGUAGCUGGGUCAACUAUUCAAUCAAAUGAUAUUGAGCAUGUUUCCUAUCUCUUCUCGAGAAACAAGUGGGCUAUUUCUUUGCAAAAUUGUGCUCAAUUUCAUAUGUGGCAAUUCCGCCAAGAUCUCUUCUUUAGUUGGGGGAAGAAUCCGCACGAAUCGGAUUUUUUGAGGAAAAUAUCGAGAGAGAAUUGGAUUUGGUUAGACAAUGUGUGGUUGGUAAACAAGGAUCGGUUUUUUAGCAAGGUACGGAAUGUAUCGUCAAAUAUUCAAUAUGAUUCCACAAGAUCUAGUUUCGUUCAAGUAACGGAUUCUAGCCAAUUGAAAGGAUCUUCUGAUCAAUCCAGAGAUCAUUUCGAUUCCAUUAGUAAUGAGGAUUCGGAAUAUCACACAUUGAUCAAUCAAAGAGAGAUUCAACAACUAAAAGAAGGAUCGAUUCUUUGGGAUCCUUCCUUUCUUCAAACGGAACGAACAGAGAUAGAAUCAGACCGAUUUCCUAAAUGCCUCUCUGGAUAUUCCUCAAUGUCCCGGCUAUUCACGGAACGUGAGAAGCAGAUGAAUAAUCAUCUGCUUCCGGAAGAAAUCGAAGAAUUUCUUGGGAAUCCUACAAGAUCCAUUCGUUCUUUUUUCUCUGACAGAUGGUCAGAACUUCAUCUGGGUUCGAAUCCUACUGAGAGGUCCACUAGAGAUCAGAAAUUGUUGAAGAAAGAACAAGAUGUUUCUUUUGUCCCUUCCAGGCGAUCGGAAAAUAAAGAAAUAGUUAAUAUAUUCAAGAUAAUUACUUAUUUACAAAAUACCGUCUCAAUUCAUCCUAUUUCAUCCGAUCCGGGAUGUGAUAUGGUUCCGAAGGAUGAACUGGAUAUGGACAGUUCCAAUAAGAUUUCAUUCUUGAACAAAAAUCCAUUUUUUGAUUUAUUUCGUGACCGGAACAGGGGGGGAUACACGUUACACCACGAUUUUGAAUCAGAAGAGAGAUUUCAAGAAAUGGCGGAUAUAUUCACUCUAUCAAUAACCGAGCCGGAUCUGUCGUAUCAUAAGGGAUUUACCUUUUCUAUUGAUUCCUGCAGAUUGGAUCAAAAACAAUUCUUGAAUGAGGUAUUCAACUCCAGGGAUGAAUCGAAAAAGAAAUAUUUAUUGGUUCUACCUCCUAUUUUUUAUGAAGAGAAUGAAUCCUUUUAUCGAAGGAUCAGAGAAAAAUGGGUCCGGACCUCCUGCGGGAAUGAUUUGGAAGAUCCAAAACCAAAAAUAGUGGCAUUUGCUAGCAACAACAUAAUCGAGGCAGUCAAUCAAUAUAAAUUGAUCCGAAAUCUGAUUCAAAUCCAAUAUAACACCUGUGGGUACAUAAUAAAUGUAUUGAAUCGAUUCUUUUUAAUGAAUAGAUCCGAUCGCAACUUCGAAUAUGGAAUUCAAAGGGAUCAAAUAGGAAAUGAUACUCUGAAUCAUAGAACUAUAAUGAAAUAUACGAUCAACCAACAUUUAUCAAAUUUGAAAAAGAGCCAGAAGAAAGGGUUCGAUCCUCGUAGUUUUAUUUCUCGAACCGAGAGAUCCAUGAAUCGGGAUCCUAAUGCAUAUAGAUACAAAUGGUCCAAUGGGAGCAAGAAUUUCCAGGAACAUUUGGAACAUUUCAUUUCUGAACAGAAGAGCCGUUUUCAUU